GUUUUUGUAGUUCCGUCGUUGUUGACCUGUCAGCGUUGUAGUACACUCUGUUACUGCUGACAAAUUGUGUUACUCCCCUGGUAUGUGCAACGUUCCAACGGUAGCACACAGCGAGCACCAGCAGGGCGUAACACGCCUGGACCUGUUUAACCUUGAUACAACACUCUCCUUGCUGGUAUCUACCAACUAGCUAGUUAUCUUAGCAGCUGAAGUUAGCUAACAAGCCGACCAACUUGACAGCUAGCUUUGUGCUAGCAGUAGUUAGCAGCGUUAGCGAAAGCUAGCUUUGGACUGAGGGACGCCAAGAAGUCAGCUGCAGGAAAAGCAACACUAAGGACAAAACCCUGACAAGCAAGUCGAUUCCAUUCAUUUUUUGCAUCACUGGGGUAUCUACAGUAUCUCACACAAAUGCAAAGCACCAGCGUACCGACACUUGUGUCACGAAAGAGGAAACGGGAUGUCUCCAAUGUCGACAACGAGGUGGCGGAGAGGGCUGGGAAAAUCCCCAGAUGCACUGUGGGGUUGAAGCACCCUGCACCUUUUGCCGAUGAGCUCGUGCCAGCUGAUGCUCAGCCGUACGAGAGAGUGAACAUGGAGGAGGCCAAACGGGGGACACAUCCUGACAGGCCAGUGCGAGUGUAUGCAGAUGGAAUCUUUGAUGUUUUCCACUCAGGACACGCCAGGGCUCUUAUGCAGGCAAAAUGUCUUUUCCCAAAUACACACCUCAUAGUUGGAGUGUGCAGUGAUGACCUGACACACAAGUACAAGGGCUUCACAGUCAUGAAUGAAGACGAGCGCUAUGACGCCAUCCGACACUGUCGCUACGUGGACGAAGUGGUGCGGAACGCUCCCUGGACGCUAACGCCAGAGUUCCUUGCCAAACAUCGCAUUGACUUUGUGGCCCAUGAUGAUAUCCCAUACUCCUCAGCAGGCAGUGAUGAUGUGUACAAGCACAUCAAAGAAGCAGGAAUGUUUGCCCCCACCCAGCGGACAGAAGGCAUCUCCACCUCUGACAUAAUCACACGCAUUGUCCGCGACUACGACGUGUACGUCAGGCGCAACCUGCAGAGGGGCUACACAGCCAAGGAGCUCAACGUCAGCUUCAUCAAUGAGAAGAAGUACCACCUGCAGGAGCGCGUGGACAAGGUGAAGAGGAAGGUACGAGACGUGGAAGAAAAGAGCAAAGAGUUUGUCCUCAAGGUGGAGGAGAAGAGCAUCGACCUCAUCCAGAAAUGGGAGGAAAAGUCCAGGGAGUUCAUUGGCAACUUCCUGCAGAUGUUUGGACCCGAGGGAGCACUGAAGCACAUGCUGAAGGAGGGCAAAGGUCGCAUGCUACAGGCCAUCAGUCCCCGCCAAAGCCCCAGCAGCAGCCCGGCCCGUGAAGAGCGCUCGCCCUCGCCCACCUUUCGCCUGCCGUUCUUCAACAAGACCUCCCCGCCCCCCUCGCCCCCGCCUCACCACAGCGGGGCACGAGGCUACCUCGUCAGCGAGGACGAUGACGACGAAGACGAUGACAACUAAAGUAGCACAGCCAGUUCUGUUUUGGGCUUUUCUUUUCAUUAAGCUGUCAAGUAGCUAUGUUUUCCUCCGGAACCUUCUCUUUUUUUUGGGCAACAUUUAGCACUUCAGAGUCACAUGACCUUCAUACAUCUGUCUUUUUUGUGCACCCUGUAGUGUCACAAGUUCUUUGCGUCAUUUCUUUGAGAUUGAAAAGUAAUGUCUAUGGGAGCUUAGUUUUAAGGAGCAUCUGAACGUUUAUUUUUUUUUCUUUUAAUGUUUUUGCAGCAGGUUUACAGUGAGGUUCUUGCACAUGAAACAGUCAAAUUUUAAUGUUGCAGUUUGUUUUCAACUCAAAUUCAUGUUUAUUUUUGGAAAUAAUGGGAAACUAAGGCUAUGUUCACACUGCAGGUCAAUUCCGAUUUCUUUCUUCCUGUAUCUGAUUUUUUCAUGUCAGUGUGAACAGCACAAUUCACAUUUUUUCAAAUGUGACUCAAGCCUCAUUCGCAUGUGGAUAUAAAUCCGAUAUGUAUGCGAUCGGUCAGGUUGCAUAUAUCCGACCUAUACAUCAUGGAAUCUUGAAAAGGCAAAAACUUGGAUAAAGGUACUCACCGAUGUAGGAAAAGUUAUUCAUCUGAAUUGUAUUUUAUUUAUUUAUGUUAUCUGUCAUGUCUCCCCACUUCUGCCACCCACACACAGCUUGAAACAGACAGCAACAAGUUGUCUCCAAAAUUUUGCACAAAAUCCUCGAAUAGUUCGAUACUGGAAUAUAAUAGUGAUACUUUUGAUACGUUGGCUAUAUGAUUGUGUCCUUUUGUUUGUUCUUAGCUAACUGUACAAUCACCCCACUACCUCAAUAUGUUUAAGGGUUUAAAAUAGAUCAAUAACUAUGGCACCUUGUAUUCUUUAUGCUAUGAUUUGAAAUACUGUGCACUGUUUUUAAAAUUUACCAAACACAUAGAAUCGGAUCGGUAUCACCGAUACCAGCCUAAAUUUUUAACAAGUAUCGGUUCGGAAACUAAAUAAAUUUUAUCGCACAUCACGCUGCAGCAAUGUUUACUUCCGGAAACGCAGGCGAUGUCAUUCUCUUGCGCAUGCACGUCACUUUUCAGACGAUUUGCAUUCAUUUUAACAUGUCGGGUUUGUGUGGUAAUGUGAACGACCACAUAAAAAUCGGAUUUAAACCAAAAAAAAAUCCGAAUUGUGCAUCAUACCCUGCAGUGUGAAGGUAGCCUAAAUGAUAUGUUACGGUAGUGUGUGUGUGCAAGUGUUUUAUUGCGUCAUUCAUGAUUGAAGCGUCUUCUGUCAACACAACAUUCGUGUCAGCCGACCUAUUAUGAGCAUUUACAUCUUUACUUUAUCUUCUGGUGUUUGUACAAAGAACAAUCUUAUGUUUUCUGAGAAUCGCCAUGAUCUUAUUGUGAGCCCGGGAAGGCUUCCAACUUAUUUGAUGAACAAAGAAAAUGUAUCCCAAUUGAGAACUACUCAACUCGCUCCCCUUUAAAAAAAAUGUCAUAAGCACAAACUUAGCCCCACGGAACAUCACUAACAGCUUUAAUUCCUCCACAAACCUGUCUCCUUCUAGUGUAAGUUGAAGGAGAACUAUUUUCUGCCUCAGUUCGUGCACUAAAGUAAGAUGUGUUGUCGUGAUAAUCUGUCGAGGAAACUAAUGUACACUAUGUUCAUAACGUUAAGUACACCUGCAGUUUUAUCCGAUCCAAUACUGCAUUGAACAUCUUUGUAAAGGCAUGUUUAGCUAAUGUUCAAAUAAAUGAACACUAUUAGGUGGCAGUCGACUAAUUUAAGGAAGCCUACGAAAAGUGUUGUCAACAAGUCCAGUGGCCAGUUGUGUAUCAGUCAUUAACAUUAAUGUCAAUGUUAUUUUAAUCAGUUCCUUAUUUCACCGCCAUUUUUGAAGUUUAUUUACAGCCCCACGUGUAGAAUUUGAAAAGAGGAAGAUGGGAUAAAGGUAUUAAAUAUGUUCGCCAAAGUAUGUAUUGUUCUCAAUUCAUUUUGUCACAGCACAUUGCUAUUAAGACUGUUACUAUAGCAACAUUUCUUCUGCGCUUUAGUUUAUUCUUUUCUAAUUAUACAUGUCAAUGUAUCAC